AUGGGAACAACUGGAUAUGCGGGGUUAUCGUUUACCCUUGUGAGUGAUUUUACUGCAUUUGUGCAUCCAACGUGGAAUGUCUUACGGUUUAUGGACAACGACACUCAUGAAGCAAAGUUUUAUAAAAAGAUUGGUUUACCCUUGUGUAAGAUGUUCUAUGAUUUGCUCGCAAAAAUAGCGUGGUCUUUAAAGUUAUUGGGUUCAGGAGAUAAAAAAAGAGAUGUUUUAAUUGUACCUUGGUGGUCUUUAUAUCUUGACAUUCUGAAGGGCUUACAAAAUAUAUCCAAACUGUAUAAGGAUAUGGAGAAUGAUUUUUGGCAGAUAAUGAGGCAAGUAAAGGUUUCAUUAUGCAUUUUGAUCACUAAGUUUGCAGAGGAAUCAGAACAUUAUGAGUGGCUUUUUAAGCACAAAGAGGUAACAAACUUUUAUAUACGGAGGAAAUUGGCAAUGAUGAUGCUUCUAGAAGUGGAAGAUAAUGAACAGGAUCAGUAUUACAUGCUCAUUGAUAGGUCCAAAUUGCUGGUAGACUCGUUCGAGUAUAUUGCCAAACUCAAAAAUAUACCUGGCAGUUUCUUUGGGGAAUUCAAAGAGGAACAAGCUAUUGGGCUUGGUGUGUUGAGGGAAUGGUUCUUACUAGCAUCCCAGGAGAUUUUCAACCCAAACAAUGCACUUUUUGUUGCUUGCCCAGACUAUAAUAGAAGUUUUUUCCCAAAUCAAGCAUCUGAAGUGAAUCUGUUACACCUUGAGUAUUUUCGAUUCUCUGGUAGGAUGACUGUGUUGGCCUUAGCAUAUUAUCUACAAAUCAGAGUUGGUUUUGAUCGCGUAAUUUUCUUGCAAUUGGAUGGAAAUGGUGUAUUAUUGAAGGACAUUAGGGAUGUGGAUCCGUUCUUGUACCGUGGCUGCAAGGAGAUACUAAAUAUGGAUGCAUAG